AUGAGUGACACUGAAGUGCUCGACUACGAAAGACAGGAAUCCGAUGCCACAGAAGCUGAAACGGAGCCAGAAGCUUCUAAACAGACAACAGUUGAUCACCAUGGGUUGCAAACUUCACAGACACUCGAGCCUCAGGAAGAAGUCAAGUACGAAGUGGUGGAUGAACCCAAGUUCCAGGUCACGAGAUCGAUUUUCAUUGGCAAUUUGCGUCGUCCGCUCAAUGCGAUGCAUUUCCAGAACUUCUUGAAAGAGCUAGCCAAAGAGGCUGGAGACUACAUCGUGGAAAGAGCCUGGUUGAAUAGAACGAGAACCCACGGAAUUGUUCUUGUAGACAAAGAAGAGGGAGCCAAGUUUCUCCGUGAGAAACUUCUCGGUACUAUCUACCCACUGGAAGAAGACGACUUCAAGUUGAAGGAAGAAUAUGAGAUUAGAGAACAGGAACGGUAUGAACAGCAGAAGCUUCAAUAUGAAGAUGAAAUGGAAAAGCUUGAUACUGAAGAAGCCAAAGCAGCAUUGGAACCUCCAUUGGAGCCUAGAAAAUAUUCAGUAGAGAGACAUCCUCUCUUUGUGGACUAUAUUCCUGUCAAGGCUAUCAACCAAUGGAUCUAUGAAGAAGAUAGAGGACCCAGAAAUGGCAAGUGGAAGAUCGACUACGAGACGAAGGAUGAUGAAGUAGUUGCCAGCCACAGUCUCUUAUCAGGUGACUUUGUCCCACGCUACCAAAGAGGUAGAGACCGCCGUGGCCGUGGCCGUGGAGAAGGUAGAUACAGAGGCUACAGAGGAGGAGACAGAUACGGUGGGGAUCGUUAUGAAAGAGACAGAUACAGAGACAGAUACAGAGGUGGAAACGAUUACAAUGGACACAAUGACUAUCCUCCUCCAAGAAGAGGUUACAGGGGAGACCGUUACGAUCGCGACGGUCCCAGACCAUAUAACGCGGUGCCUCCACCUCGUCAAGACAGCUACUAUCCCAGACGUGGCCGGGACAGAGAUGCAUAUAUUCCUGGUGACAGGGUGGUAGGCUCUCGUACCGACACUUAUGAGCCCAAAUAUCGUGACAGAUCUGAUAGCAGACAGAGAAGAAACCGUUCAAGAUCGAGAUCCAGAUCGCCAUAA